CGCCACCCAACACUACAACUCCCACGGGGCAGUGGGACGUCGCUCCCCUACACCGACCCUGUAGGCCGGCCACUUCGCGACUGUUAGGGGCUGCCGCCGCCGCCGCGGGGGCGGGGCGCAGAGAUGGCGGACGUGGUCGUGGGCAAGGAUAAGUGCGGGGAGCAGCGGUUGGUGUCGCUGCCCCUGUCCCGCAUCCGGGUCAUCAUGAAGAGCUCCCCCGAAGUGUCCAGCAUCAACCAGGAGGCGCUGGUGCUCACCGCCAAAGCCACGGAACUCUUUGUUCAAUAUCUCGCCACGUAUUCCUAUAGACAUGGCAGUGGAAAAGAAAAGAAAGCACUCACCUAUAGUGACUUAUCAAAUACUGCGGAGGAGUCGGAAACUUUUCAGUUCCUUGCAGAUAUAUUACCAAAGAAGAUUUUAGCUAGUAAAUAUCUGAAAAUGCUUAAAGAGAAGAGAGGAGAGGAGGAGAACAACAAGGAUGACAGUGAGGACGACGAAGCGGAAUCCUGACCCCGAAGACCAGCAGCGAGGACCCCCCCGCAUCAGCACCUUGGCUGUGAAGCGGCGUUUGUCUGUCCACCCUUCAGAGACUGCACAGACAUCGUGUUCUUCCCUGGCUGAGACUGGGCAUAAUGCACCUCUGCCAUAAAUAGCCAACAGGAAAGGAGCCCAGGCAGCAGCCUCUCUCCCCCAAGCUCACGCUGCAGCUGGAGUGGGAGGGGACUGCGAACAGACUAUGAACCGGAAGGCACAGCCCGACUGCAGCGCUGAGCUCCAGAGGCAACGGGACUCUGCUUAACUUUCUAGUUUGAAGAUAGAUUUUCAAGAACUUGUAAAAUACCAGUUGUGUAGAUCCACAUAUGUAUAUUUUGAAAUUAGUUCUGGUAAACAGCUAGAUCCUGUUUUAGCUAAAUAUGUAGUCUGUAGGUAGGAUUUUUGUAUUUCAAGACAAUCUGGCUUUGUAUUCGUCCAACUACUGCAUUUUUUUAAACUGUAAAAUAAAUUUUUCUUUUUUAUUAAAAGCUGUAUUUUUUUUUUUACAUUUUAUUUUUAAUUGGAGAAUAAUUACUUUACAGUAUUGUGAUGGUUUCUGCCAUACAUCAAGAUGAAUCAGGUAUACAUAUGUUCCCUCCCUCUUAAACCUCCCUCCCACAUCCCUCCCUAUCCCACCCCUCUAGGUUAUCCAGAACACCAGCUUUGGGUUUCCUCUUUCAUACAGCAAAUUCCCACUGGCUAUCUGUUUUACAUAUGGUAAUGUGUAUGUUUCAAUGCUACUGUCUGAAAUCAUCCCACCUCCCUCCCCCACAUGUCCAAAAGCCUGUGUAUGUCUGCAUCUGCGUUGCUGCCCUGUAGAUGAGUUCAUCAGUACCAUCUUUCUAGAUUCCCUAUAUAUGUGUUAAUGUACAAUGUUUCUCUUUCUCUUUCUGACUUACUUCACUCUUAUAAUAGGCUCUAGAAAAUGCAUUCCUUUUUAUAGCUGAGUAAUACUCCAUUGUGUAUAUGUACCACAGCUCCUUUAUCCAUUCAUCUGUCGAUGGACAUCUAGGUUGCUUCUGUGUCCUAUCGUAAGUAGUGCUGCAGAGUGUUGGGGUGUAUGUGUCAUGGUUCCCUCAGCAUAUGUGCCCAGUAGUGGGAUUGCUGGGUCAUAUGGUAGUUUCAUUCCUAGUUUUUUAAGGAAUCUCCAUACUAUUCUGCAUAGUGGCAAUAUCAGUUUUAAUUCCCACCAACAGUGUAAGAUGGUGCCCUUUUCUCCACACCCUCUCCAGCAUUUAUUGUUUGUAGACUUUUUCUGAUCCGUGUGAGAUGAUAACCUCAUUGUAGUUCUGAUUUAAAAGCUGUAUAUAUUUUUAUAGUAAAAUGUGUCACGGAACUAGUUUUA